AUGGUAGAUUCUUCAACAAAAGAAGAUGAUAUGGUGGUCGUUCGAUUGACAAAAACACCUCUUUUUGACACGCUGCAUAGAACAGUAUAUCAAGAUUUGUCAAUUGGUUCUAUAGGUUGUGAAUGUCAAUAUUUCCCGACCUAUGGCAUCCCAUGCCGACAUAUAUUCUGUGUCAUGAAAAAAUUCAAAGUGACUUCAAUUCCAAAGUCUUUGGUCAUUACACAAUGGACAAUACAUGCACGAGAGGUACAAGAAAUACCAGACGAAAGUUCUACCCGAUGCAGCUUCACAUGUUGUAAAGACAAAAUUCGUUUUGGUAAUAUUUCAACCCAGCUUUACCAAAUUUCUUUCCUUGCUUGUACGAGUGACAAUCUUUUGAAUUUGGCAAAGAAGGAACUUGAGCAAUUAAUGUAUAGGCUACAAAAAAUUUCAUUAGAAGAAGAUGGACACGAAGAGCCAAGUCAAUGUGACAAGAACAUGGAAUACGAUUUGAAUAACCCCCGAGUUAGCAAAAACAAAGGCACUGGAAAAGUGGCUGGCACCUCGAGGCAAAUAAGGAAAAGAAAAUGCAGCAAAUGUGGAAUGUAUGGCCACAACAAAACAACCUGCAAGAAAAAUAGAGAAGAGAAUAUAAAUAAUUCUGAUUUGGACAUAUCCAAUGGUCAAGGUGCAUAUGAAGACUGCAAUGUUUGGGAAGAUAAUGAACAUAAUGGGGUUUCAGAGGAGGAAUUUGUGUUUGAUAAAAAUAUAAAGUGUUGGGAAGAUAUGUAG